AUGGAGAUUCUUUUGUGCUUCUUGAGUUCGUCAUUCCAGUAUCCAGUUGUGAAAAUUGGUACAGAAGAUCAAUCUUUUAUUGACUCUGUUAUGCUUUUGAAAAUGGAUCUGAGCUUCUCUUGUCCAGUUGCUAAAAUUUCAAGGACAUCUGCUCUUCAAAUUGCACUCUGCAAAGAAAUGGUGCAAUGGACUCGUGCUGAGAAGUGUAUGUUCUUGAGGCAGAGAGUUGAGGUAAGGCUUGCAGCACUUCUAAUGGAAAAUAAAGAGUUUUCAAAAGUUUUGACUUUACUCUCCAGCUCGGUCAAAGAGGUUAGAAGAUUAGAUGACAAGCUUCUACUUGUAGACAUAGAAUUACUGGAAAGCAAGCUACACUUCUCAUUAAGGAACCUUCCAAAGGCAAAAGCUGCACUCACAGCAGCAAGAACAGCUGCAAAUGCUAUUUAUGUGCCGCCGGCACAGCAAGGUACCAUAGAUCUGCAGAGUGGACUACUGCAUGCUGAGGAGAAGGAUUAG